AUGGAAAAAAUUGUCGGAAGUACACCGACCGUAAUUAGUGAUGUAAUAGAAGUUACAGAAGGUCUAACUCAAUUUACCGCUGGUUCGGAUGCAGCAAAAAAUGCCUUAUGUGCUGUUGGCGCCGUCGGAGAGGCUGUAAAACCCUUUGUGCCUUUAAUUAGCGCAGUAACUCUUCUGAUUUCUGAAAUCAUCGUGAUUUAUGAAAAUGCCCAGUAUAAUAAGAGAAUUUGCAAUUCGUUAAUGGACAGAGUUGGUGCAGCUGAACAAGCUAUUAAGUCUUUGCAACGAAGGAAAGCUGAAAAUGAAAAGCGCUUCAAGAAUGCUGAAUAUUAUAAAAAUUUUGUACGAUUCGUUGAUGUUUUAAAAAGAAUUAAAGGAUUUAUCAAGGAUGUAUCUGAAUUACAAGGUUACAAGAAAUUCUUUCAUUCGGGUUCAAUCAAAGAGAAGUUUGACAGUCUUGUCAAAGAGUUUGAGACUGUGAUGGGAGAUUUGCAUUUUACAAUGGCUGUUGCCGAUGAAGAGCAAAGGAGACUUGACCAUGAAGCUCUUGAACAAGAUAUUUCUGAUAUGACUAAGGUUAAUUUACCAAAUAGCGGAUCUAUCAAGGCUGUUGAAAUAAACUCCGAUGAAUUGCUAGAUCCAGAUAUUAAAAGUGAGACUGACCGUAGAGGCAAAAAACCAAACUAUAUUUAUAAGAAAACUUAUAAGGUUCAGGAGGUUGCUUGUAAGCAAAUAAAUAUUCCAAGUGAUGACGAUGCUAAAGCUACAAGAAAACCAUUGUCUUCUCCGGCACUUCUUCCGGCAAAGACUUUAGAUUUAGAUGGAUCCAUGAAAAAAGCGCCUAUUUCUGUUAGUGAUGAAGGUGGUACAGAAUUACCAGACCUAGGUGAUGAAUUUAACAUUGAUGCAAUAGAGCCGGUAAUGCCUCUAGAAGAUGGCAUUAUUGUUAAAUAUAGUCAAAAUGGAUUCCCAACAUAA